UGCACAAAUUGCCAUACUAAGACUACUCCUCUUUGGAGAAGAAACCCAGAGGGUCAGCCGCUGUGUAAUGCGUGCGGGUUGUUCUUGAAACUACACGGUGUGGUCCGCCCGCUGAGUUUGAAAACUGACGUGAUAAAGAAACGACAGAGAGGCUCUGGUGUGACCAAGAAACGCAGAGGAACAGGAACCGGCAGCGGCAGC